AUGAGAUUCCUUAUUUUCCUGUGGAUAAUCUCCGAGUAUCACGCCACUGGAGCAUUGACACAACCAGAUCUCAAAUUGGAAUAUUUUUUUGACGAAGUAUUUCUCAAAACUGUGUGUGAGCUGGCCAAACGUAAUCCGAAUGGCCGAAGAAUAUUUUUGCGAGAAUUCCUGCAGUCCGACGAUGGCACUUUCAUUGAUAUCAGAAGCGAUCCCUUUGCAGUCUUUCUUGGUUUAGACUACAGGUUUAAAAGAGAUGGAUGGUGUAGCACACGAGUGCAACAAAACGAAAAUACGCUUCAGUGUCCCGUCUUAUUUGAUGGAAUUCGCAUUGUGCUUCCUCAAGCAAACGGAGAAGCGACGCAAUACGUAGUUCAUGCCAAACUGAAAGGAAAAGUGGUGCUUGCUGCAGGCACUUUCUAUAUGAAAUAUGUGCGAUUUGCAAUGCACGAGCAGACGUACGAAAUGUUUGAUAAGAACUAUAAUCGUGUGUCACCUCCGGCCCGAUACAGCCUUAAACCAGGACAACUUUAUAACCUCCGAGGAAUUCUGGCACAAAGAGUGAACACCCUUCUCACUGUGAAUGACCAUUUAAGCGAUGUCUUCGAUGCUGCUUUGAGAGGAGUUCAAAAGCCCGCGGGCUUGGGUGGUUAA